AUGACAGCAGACGGGUUAGUGCUUCAUAAGGACUGGGUAUCUUUGUGUAACAGACUUUUAAAGAACCCAAAGACCCAUCUUAAGGAAAUAUCCAGGAUGCUUGGUAGAUCACAGAAAUUCAUGGCUGCAAUUUCUGGCUCUGGUGAAUCUCCUGCUUAUGCCUCUUAUGCAGACACUCUAAGAGAGACAGUGGAAAGAAUUCUUUCUGUUUUAAUUUCGAAUUGUACAGAUGCAGAUUCACAUCCUGGGAUAUUUUAUAUUAUAUCCAGCUACAAGAAUGCUUUUGUCUGUGACUUUACACCAAUUAUCCAGAUAUUUCUAGUGGAAAGUUCAUCUUUUUAUAUUCUACGGAUUAUUGAGCGAAUUUGCAGUCAUCCGGAAAUUAUUGAAAAAUUAGAAGAGACAGAAGUACAAAUAUUAAUGAAAUUAGGGGCAUAUACCACUGACCCAGAAUAUUCAACAGGAGAAUUUGCAGUCCGUGGGAUAUUUAGUCUAUAUAAAAGGAAGAAAGGAAGGCAUCUAUUUCUUUCAGUUUUAUCAAAAUCUUUCCAAAUAAGAUAUCUAGAUCUUUUUGUAUCAAAAAUAUUCCCAGAGAUAAUUGCCUCUGAAGACUCUAGAUUUGUAAUUUCAAUGAUAGAAAUUCUCUCAAAAAUCAAAGAAAUUCCCAUCCUACUAAUCUCACAGAAUGCAAAGAGAGAGACUCUCCUGGCAUUCCCCAGUGUAUUACAAGAAAGAAUUUGGAGUAGACUAGAAAGUGAGAAAUUACCACAAGAGUACAUAGCAGGAAUUAGUCUAGCAGCCAAAGUACCAGAACUAUUCAAUAUAAAUAGACUAAUUAGACUCCUUGUCAACCACAAAGAUGAAAAUAUAUUAUACUCCCAGGGAGAUGCCUUAAUACACUGUCUUAAUACACUGAAUAUCUCAAAUUACCACAUAACAGAAGAAGAUAACAGGAUUAUUGCAGAAGAACCAGAAGAACCAGAAGAUAAUUCAAACAAGAGAAUAAUCUCUAUAGAUAAGCACUUGCUAACUGAAUUCCUAAAAAGACUGUUAUUUCACUCAGAUGGAACCAGAAUAGAAUAUUGCAGAAUACUUUUCACAGUGAAAAUUCCCUCUCAAAAGGAAUCUAUCCUAACCUUAUUAAGGAAUAAAAAUAUUCGAGUCAAAUGGAAUGCACUCAGAACCCUGACAGUAUACACCCUCACAGACCCAGAAAUAACAAAAAUAAUCACUCUCUUGACAACAUCUCAAAAUGAGAAAAUUAAGAUGUGGUGUCUAAAGAUACUUGAAGUAAACAAAAGGAAAAUAAACCCAAAUUUAUUUCAAAUGAAAGAGUCACAAUAUAAAUCAGAGAUGGAAGAAAUAUUGAAAAGAAUAAAUAAUUGA